AUGGUUAUUAAAACACUUCCAAGACAUUCUUUCAUCAUUUCCAUUUCCUCUAUGUCUAUAGACGAUGUCAUCUAUAGCUGGAACUUGAUUUCCUUUUUGACCAUAAGUCCAAAAAAGAUUGCCCAUUUAAAGAAAAAAUUUAAAAAAAAUUUUGGGUAUUUUGAAAAUAAGGCAUUUGGGGAAGACACCAAAAAUUAUAUUAGAAAUCCUGAUGAAAUUAUAGAAAUAGACGAAUCAAAAAUAGGAAAAAGAAAAUACAUCAAAGAACAUUUAUUUGGGCGUACCUGGAUAUUUGGUUUAGUUAAGGAGGAGAUAUCAAAAAAAGUUUGGAUCAGGUCGGUUAUACACCCCGGCGGGGUGUAUAACCGACCUGUUUUUUUUUUUUAUUUUUUAACCCUUAAUGGCAGGAGGAAGAAAGCAUCUAAAUGGGAUUUUAAUUGCUGA